GGAAGUAUGGCCACAGCUGCCUUACCAGAGAGCGGGUCUUCCCUUGCCUUGCGAGCCCUGGGUUGGGGCUCACUUUAUGCAUGGUGUGGGGUUGGUGUGAUCAGCUUCGCAGUCUGGAAGGCUUUAGGAGUUCACAGUAGACAGCGAGAAAGGGAACACAAGCAGGGGGAGUGGGAGAGGGCGAAGCAGGCUCCCCGCCGAGCAGGGAGUCCGAUGCGGGGCUCGAUCCCAGGACCCUGGGAUCAUGACCUGAGCUGAAGGCAGACGCUUAACGACUGAGCCACCCAGCUCUAAUGGGCUUGGCAUCCGGUGGCAAGAGGCACUCGAUGUAAUGUGGAAGGGCAAUUUGGUGACAGAGAGACCGAAUCACAGGGACUUGCUCAGUUUAAAACGGGAGAAAAUUGGACUCCCAUGAGCAGAUCUCUCUAAAUAAAGCACUGUGGAGUGAAGACCUGGUAACCUACGCUUCCCCCCUACGCUUUGUUGUGAAAGAAGGCUAUCGCCCCACCUGUCGACUUGAGAAGUCGUUUUUAAUCACGACUCUGAAUCACAGGCUUCCCUUUGGCAUGAGAAAGAAGUAACAGCGUCUCGCCGUGAGUUUUCGCUGUUGGACUAGCUAGGGCACAGUCGGCCACUUCACCUGUUGUCAGCUGCUGUGACUUCCCCACGGCUGUGGGUCAUGGUCGUGACUGCUACAAAGGCAGUGGGACCUUUCCAAAUAGAAAGUUCUCAAAUUGGAUACAACAUAAAACAGGAGCCCCCCUUCUCCUACAGAUGCAGAGAAAUGGUGAAGGCGACCAUUUGGAGACAGAGCACACACACCUUACUCUUCCCGGCAGGGAUACAGUUCAGAAAACUUAACCCUAUUUUUAUCUGUACUUAUUGGGAUUAUUUUUACUUGGCAUCUGUAGCAAAAAUAGAAAAUCAGUAAUCCCAGGGAUCUGUGUUGAGCCAUCAUACACGGUAAAGAUUGCAGAGAAUUCGUGUUUAUAAAACUUUCACUCCAGAAUUCAUUUGCUAGAGAAGCCCUUUUCCCACCCCAGGCCGAGGCGAGUACUUUCCUGGGGGCCCUUGAGAUGCCCCGCGGGCUGGCCGCCAAGCGCAGCCGCAGUAGGGGCUGCGGGGCCUCCGACACCACGGCCUCGCGCAGCCGCAGUAGUGGCCUGAGGGGCCUCCCAACAGCCACGGGCUUGCGCAGCCGCAGUAGCAGGCGGAGGGGCGUCUAACGGUUACCCCCCGCCUUCCUUCACGCCUCGGAGCUUGUCUGUCGCUUCCUUCGGUUCUCUUCCUCCGUGUCUGGAGUAAGUGGCCAUGAGAUGGGCAGUGGGAGUCCUGCGGGCCGGCCGGAGAGUGGGCGCUGGGAGAGUGAAUCCGCCGUGUCCCCGCCGGCCGGCGGGCCUCCCGCUCACGGGCGCCUGGGCCGUCACCCCCGUGUCCAAGAUGGCAACCGUCAAGUGUGAGCUUAUCGAGAAUUUUACUUCCGAGGAGGCCGUUCAUCACAGCAAGGUCUCCAUUAUAGGAACCGGGUCGGUUGGCAUGGCCUGUGCUGUCAGCAUCCUGUUAAGGGGCUUGACCGAUGAACUCGCCCUUGUGGAUGUCGAUGAAGACAAACUGAAGGGUGAGACCAUGGAUCUUCAGCAUGGCAGCCCUUUCGUGAAAAUGCCGACUAUUGUGUCCAGCAAAGAUUACCUGGUCACUGCGAACUCCAGCCUCGUGGUCAUCACAGCAGGGGCACGCCAGGAAAAAGGGGAGACACGCCUUAAUUUAGUCCAGCGAAACGUGGACCUCUUUAAAUUAAUGAUUUCCAGCAUCACCCAGUAUAGCCCUCGCUGCAAAAUGAUUGUUGUUUCCAAUCCAGUGGAUAUAUUAACUUACGUGACCUGGAAGUUGAGUGAAUUUCCCCGAAACCGUGUUAUUGGAAGCGGUUGUAAUCUGGACACUGCCCGUUUCCGUUUCUUGAUUGGGCAGAAGCUUGGUAUCCACUCGGAGAGCUGUCAUGGGUGGAUCCUUGGAGAGCAUGGAGACUCGAGUGUUCCUGUGUGGAGUGGAGUGAACGUCGCCGGUGUCCCUCUGAAGAAUCUGAACUCAGAUGUAGGCACUGAUCAAGAUCCUGAGCAGUGGAAAAAUGUCCACAAAGAUGUGAUUGCUAGUGCCUAUGAGAUUAUUAAAACGAAAGGUUAUACUUCUUGGGCCAUUGGCCUCUCUGUAGCUGAUCUAACAGAAAGUAUUUUGAAGAAUCUUAGAAGAGUGCAUCCAGUUUCCACCAUAAUUAAGGGUCUCUAUGGAAUAAACGAAGAAGUAUUCCUCAGUGUUCCAUGUAUCUUGGGAGAGAGUGGUAUUGCAGACCUUAUAAAGAUAAAGCUGACCCCCGAAGAACAGGCUUGUCUGAAGAAGAGUGCAGAAACACUCUGGGAGAUCCAGAAGGAGCUCAAGCUUUAAAGCGCUUGGAACUCCCUUUCUGAAGUUACUGAAGGGAUAGUAGUUAACAGGGUUUUGUAUGUCUAAUUUUUUUUAUAAGCUUGAAUUUCUAGAAGUUGGAAACAGGAAAGGAAGUAGAGUGAGUUACCUGUUUAUUUAGCCCCCCAGCUUUUUUAUUUAGUAUCCAGAUGUCAGGAUGAUUUUUUCCCCCCACAAUUAUUAAGUGAUUGCAUCAAAGGAGGUGUUUUUGUACCACUAAUGUACCAGUACUUGCUGUGUUGUGUGGUUGCAGUUGCUCUUUGGUCCAAAAAGGAUUAGGAUGUAGGUGUUUGUGUUACAGAAAUGAUAAUUUUCAUUAAGUACAUGUUCUUUCAUUCUGGAUGGCUUAUACUUACUGUGUUCAUUUAUAUACUGUUUUUAAGAUGUUGUAAUUUCCUCUACAAUGUAAAA